AUGUCCGAAGACAUUGAGCUGCAUUCGUUUUGCGUCAAUGCCAAUACUACGAGUGAUAUUGAAGUAUAUCAGGAAGUAACUUCGCAAGUCCAACAUGAAACUUCUUUCGCCAAUGUUAAGACUACAAAAUUUAAGAAAUUUGAUUUCUUUACCGAUAUAAAUGUGAAGUCUACUCAAAACCAAAAAAAUAAGAAAAUAGAAGCUCCGGCAAAUAUAAUGGAUAUAGUACAGUCUGAGUUAGCUUCUGCCACCUUGCCUGUUACGGAAGCUCCUGUUGUAACAAUGUUAGAUAAAUGGGAGAAGGAUCAAAGUAGUUUUUUACUUAAAGUACCAAGCGUUCAAAGCUUCUUUAGAAAAUCACAACGUCUAGACUACAAAUGGAGCCCAAUGGAUAUGGUUAAUUUAAGCCCAAUAUUUCCAAGAAUACUCGAGAACGCAACAUCAGACGAUUAUUAUAUACCUGUUCAGUAUAUGUAUCCACUGUCGUUUGAAGAGCUUGGGCUAGAACAACAUACAGAUAAGACUGAAGGCACUGAUAAAUUCUUAGAUAUAACAAUAAAAAAUUUGAAAUUUUUACAUCAUCACUUAUUUUCAUUAGAAAAAAUGUUGUGUGUAAAACUUCUCGAAAACUAUCAAGAUUACCAAGUUUCACGUCUAAAUAUGAACGACCUAGCUAAAGAAAUUAAAAUAAAAAGAGAAACUAAGAAUAACAUGAAAGCCGAACUUUUAAAAAUAAGUCCAAAUAAGAAAGAUGAUUUAAGAUUCGAUAAAACGGUGAGAAAAUAUACUAGUUUUUUUUUGCAAUUGAAGAAAGAAUAUAGCGAAUUGUUAAAGAAGAAUAAGGACCUGGUUCAUAAGAUGACAUCUCUUUGGUCAGACAUUGAAAUGGUCCGUGAGAAAUCUGAUAAAAUUGAAACAUCUUACAUUCUUGAAGUAGUAAAUAACGCCUUGGAUGAAAGUGACUUUCAUGAAAAAUGGACUAAAGUUUAUAAUAUUGAAUUCAAUGAUUUACUUGAUGAAAUAGAAUAUGAAUAUGUGACAAAAUAUAUAGAAUAUAAAGAUAUGAAGAAUGAUCAAAAUUUAGGAAGUUCAGAAAAGAAAAAGCUCAGUAAGCCCAAAUUACAAAUUGAUGAAGAGGUAUUAAACGAGCAGGUGGAAGAAAUAGUUAAUAACAUCGUAACUAGAGAUGAAAAAGAUUUUAUAUUCAGAAGAGACGAAAGUAUUUUAACAACUGGCAAGAAAAAGGAAAGAAAUUUAAUAAAAUAUCAUUUCGAUAUCUAUGUAGAUACUUCUUUCGUCUGUUCAUCUGAAAGUUAUACAUGCGAACAAGAAUCUCUUUUUGAAAUUGAAUUUACAGAGUCUUUUUCUAUUCAAAUUCUUGCCAAAAACCAAUAUAUUUCUAUAGCAUUAAUUGAAAAUGAUGAUAAAGUGUCAGUCAUACGGAUAGAUAUAUCGAAAAUAGGUCAGAAUUAUACUGAAGCCAAUUUUUCAACGUACACUUUUACAUACUCAAAUAUGUUAUUACAACCCACGUAUAAUUGUAUAGGUAGUGGGUACAGCAUCAAAGAUAUAGCUAAGAUAAAUAAAGUCAGACUUAAGAGUAGCAACAUAUUCGAAGGAAACCUAGAAAGUAAUUGUAAAGUUGGUUUGAAAAUGGGCUGGAAUAAUAAAUUAAAUAAACACAAUAGUGAGGAUAUAAAAUAUUCUAUAGAGAUUGGAAGAAAAUUGGCACGACUAAUGCACGGACUCGAUAAGCCUAAUGUGGAUUCACUUACCGAUAUUAUAAUCAUGAGUUACGGUAAAAACAUUUUAAAAGAUUCAAAAUUUCCGCAAAUCAUAUCAAAUAUUUGUGAUAGUAAAAUAAAGUCAGACCUAGAAUUCUCAAUAAAUGAGGCCGAUCUUGAAUUCGUUAGAUUAAAAUUGCUUCAUUUAAGGAAUAUCGGAGGUUUCACCAAUGUUCAAAAUAAAAUGGUACCAUUACAUGCAAGUCAGCUAUCUACAGAACAGUUGAGUUGUUUGCAAAAAAGAAACUCUGAAGGUGUUGAGGUUGACUACAUCAAUGACAAAUGUGGACAUAUGGAGGCUAUUGAGCUGCAACGAUUUAUUAGUUGUAAAUAUGUACAAAAGCUUAAUCAGAACAUGUUGAAGAACUUACACGAUCAUUUGAUGAAGAGGACGCAUAAAGACGUCGUUCGUGACUACAGAGACUUAAGUUUGAGAAAUUUGUUUUCAAGUAAAUCUAAUUUGACCACGUUAGUGUCUAUACCUAAAAGUAUUAAACAACAAUAUUUGAACGAUUCCAUUAAUAAGCAACAGGAAAUUCGCGUAACUGUAAUAAAGGCUUAUAACUUAAUGGAUAGAAAUUCUACAACUCUUACCGAAGAUAAUGAAGAAGUAGACACUACAAUAGCAGGUUUUAAAGUUCGUCCGUUGAGACCUUACAUCCGGUUGAGUUACCACGGGAUCUCAACUCGCACCGCCACUGCUAUCGGCUGCCAUCCCACCUGGAAUCAAAUUCUAAAGAUUAAUACUAUAUUGCAACCCAUAUCCUCCCUUCACAUUAAUUUGUUCGAUGAAUAUAAAACCAACAUCACGGAAGGUGAUUCAGGCGAUGAGAGUUCACAUGGUCAUUAUAGUUGCAGCAACAGGUGGCUUGGUACACUUCAGGUGCCGUUGCAUACUGUGUUGUCUUCAGGAACGCUUCGUGGUACUUUUAAAAUAACUACUCCACCCUUUUUGUUUGGAUACGAUGUGGUGCAAAAUAAAGAUACUUCGCGCACUUUAAUUCCAGCAGUAACAAGACUUUUAAAAAAAGACACGUCCUUUAUUGUCCUCCAAAUAACUAGUAGUCUCUCUUAUUUGGGAGGAUUACAUGGCUAUAAUCAACCUAUACCAAGUAGCGUCGACGAUGACGACUUGAUAAAACAUUUGAAUAAUGCUGUUACAGAAUACACUAACGACUUUUCUACAAGAAAUAUAAGACUGACCUUCAUAGACAGUUCAGGAAAGAAUAAAUGUGUAACACAGUUUUUGCAGCCAAUACCUUUGCCGAAUUACGAAUAUUUUCCUAAAAACCCUAAAACUAGAGGUGAAUCAGCAUUGUCUAAGAGUUCAGGAGUCUCCAAAAGUUCUUCUUCGAAAAGCAGCGACGAGAAAAGGAGAGAAACAGACAUAGAGAGAGGCACUCAAAGUCCUAGGGAGAAAGAGUCAACGUACAGCGGAUUUGAGGGUAGUUGGAAAGAUGACAGUCAGUUGACGAAGAUGAUGAACGUUUGCUUGAGAUAUGUGUCUUUGAUACCGACGUAUGAUGUCACAGAAACUCACGUAGUUACGCUAACGGGGUUGGAACUACUAAAAGUUUUAUACGGAUCACUGCUAGACCACACUAUCUUGCUAGCUAGUUAUUUUCUCUACCUUGGUAUAAAAUGUUGGGUUGUAAUUGGCAAUGGUCUACCACGAGGUUUGAGUAGCUACGUGCUUACUAAAUACGACGUAACCAGUGACAGGGAUGUUAUGACAACUGACCAGUUGUUUAAAAGUAAAGGUUUCUUGAACAAAAGCGAUGGUUAUCUUUGGUAUGUAUAUGAUUCUACCACCGGAGAACGUUUCGAAUUGAGAGAUAUCACUUGCCCUUUAAAAACUGUGGAUUAUGUUUUCGAUGAGGAUAAUAUUUGGCUUAAUAUACAAUCAUCUCAAGAUUGUGAAAAUGUAUCUUUCGAUUUAGCUAAAUCUUCAAAUUGGAAACCAGUUUUCGAUAAGAGAAUGUUCAUUAUGAAGCAGGGAUUGGUGACAGAUCCUAGUCUCUAUAGUGCUCCCCCAGAUAUUACGGCUUUAAGGGAAAUGUUGGAGUCUAAAAUUAAGAUCAAAGUGCAAAAGUGGAGGUCACAACUAAAGACUAUAUGGAACAGCCCACAGAGUUCGCAUACUCCAUGUAUGACGAAUUAUGCGGGCCAAUGUAAAUGGGCCAUAAAACAUCGCAAAGAUAGAAAUGUAAGAUAUGUGUGUAAGGAAAUAUUUUUACCCGCCAUUUGGACAUCCCCCAAUUAAUUCUGAAACAGAGCACGCUACGCCAUUGCUAUCGAGUCUGACUAUAUAUGAUUUUUCAAUAGGUACAGUAGCAGUUUGCUUCGUGAAUCUUUACUGCACUGGGAAUAUUGGACGUUCAACCCACACGAACCCAAGCCAGCGUUGAGCCAACGCCUAAAACAAUUGAUGAUUUCAUAUAAGCUAUUCGGUUUCCCUUUAAACAUGCCGUAUGCGAACGCAAAAUCUGUUAUAUCUACAGUGAAAUCGACGGGACUACAUAUUAACGACGAUCCUAGCGUGGAAUUCGGUUUGGCAGUCGAAGUGUUUGCUUAUCCUAAGAAUGUGUUGAGUGUUUGGGUGUUUUUGGUCAGUAUAAUUAGAGUUUAAGUUGCUGUUUUUUACAUACAUUU